UCUUGACUCGCUCGCGGGACUGAAACGCCUGCAGCUGAGCGCGCGCUGUAAUCUGUGACAGCUGGAAAUGGACAGCAACAACGGAGGAGCUGUGAAACCGUCUUACACAGAUAUGAAGCGUCCCAAGAGCCCCGACUGGCUGGACAGCAGCCUUCCCCCCAAGAGUCAAGAGGAACAGGAGGGGGAGGAAGAGGACGACAACGAAGAGGAGAGGAGGGUGGUGGCAGGACACAGGGCCAAACGGGAGCGCCGUCAAGCUAGUGGCAGUGCCACUAUGUGCCAGGUGUGCAGCAUUCAGCUGAACUCGAGCGCCCAGGCACUGAUCCACUACAGGGGCAAGACCCACCAGAGGAGGCUACGCCGACUGGCAAAGGCUGUCAACACAGGUGCGCUGUCCCAGAGCCAGGUCCACCCGCUCCUGGGCUCCCUGCCUCUGCCAGGUCCCCCCCUCCAGCCGCAGACUCAUGCCCACCUGGAGCACUUCCUGCCGCUCAGGAUCAACAGCUCCUCGCCGCUCAGCCUUUUCCCCAAUUUCAACACGAUGGAUCCGGUGCAGAAGGCAGUGAUCAAUCACACCUUUGGUGUAGCUCCACCCAAGAAGAAACCCAUCAUCUCCUGUAACAUCUGUCACCUGCGCUUCAACUCCACUACCCAGGCAGAGGCCCACUACAAGGGUCACAAACAUGCUCGCAAGCUGAAGGCCUUGGAGACCCAGAGGCAUCGCCAGAAAAACGGACACAGUCCAUCCACAACAGGGAAAGACAGAGACAGAGAGAAAGAGAGGGGGAUGAUGGGAGGAGGAGGAGGAGCAGUGCCAGCAGACUCAAAUUUAAAAGAUAUAACAGGCCCAAGCACCUCUUCCCAACCUGCUCAACAACAACUAGAAAAUGGCCAGGGGAGUUCACUGGCACCCACUCCUCCCUCACAGCCUUCAUCCACAGACUCCUCCUCACCCCACUCUCCUCAGAUGUCCCUGCAAUUCUCCCCUAGCUCUCAGCUUUCUGAUUUAACUUCAGAUGGUCCACCGUUGGAGGGCUGCAGCCCGGGCCCCAGCUCAGCGCCACACCCUGAACCUCAGGGGAGCUCCACUAGAGGUGAGGAAGAGGAGGUGAAGGGGGAGGAGGCUAAGGAGGCCAAGGGCAACAAAAAACAAAAUCUUCACUGUCCCACGUGCAAAGUGACGGUUAAUUCCAGCUCCCAGUUGGAAGCUCACUGUAGUGGCUCUAAGCACAAACAGAUGCUGGAUGGUGAGAACAGCAGCCAGUCACAACGCAGGGUCAAGAUGACGUCAUCGCCCAGACUGGCCUGCCGGAUUAAGCAGCGAAUGGGCAGCAAGACCAGAGCGGUUGUGGGUGUGAGCAGCCAGCCCUUUCACUGUGAACUGUGCCAGGUGUCCGUCAACUCCGAGACACAGCUGAAACAGCACAUGAACAGCAGGAGACACAAAGAGCGCUUGGCCGGGAAGCCUGUCAAAGCGAAGUUCACCCCCUAUAAUAAACUACAGCCCAGUGCUGUGUUAGCGACUAAAGUGGCCCUGCAGAAGCAGCUGUCUAAGGCCCUGCCGGCAGGGUUCCUGACCAGCCCUCUCAAUCCAGCUGCCUUGUGCACUAUGGCAUCUGGACCGCUGGCACUACGCCUGCCGCAGGGUCCCACAGCCAUCAUCCAGGGUCCCCUGAUCAGCCCCACACUCUUCAGGCCUGCCCCAGGACCUCUGAGGGCCACACAUACACCUAUUAUCUUCUCUCCUUACUAGCAUUGAGUGAGCGAGAGGACCCAAAAGUGGACCUAACCUAGAGCCAAAGCUGGACUAGGAGAGGAGUUUAGCAUGGUGAGGACCCCCUGAGUGACACCAGGACUCAAUGCAGCGACAACGAGCGAGCAGCAUAUACUGUAAGCAUGUCAAGUUUGGCAUGUUCAGGUCAUGAGAACAGUAUGCACAAUCCCCUGGUGUGGAUUGAGAUUUCAGCGCUGACUGACCAGAGUCUCACCCUCAAAAUGGAAGGAGCAUCGCUCAGCUGUUUCCUCUCGAUAAACUGUUGAGUGCAUUUUCCCUGGGGUCUGGACCCCUCUGGAAGCCAUAAUGACAAGUAUCUUUUAGUUUUAUUUAUAAGGCUAUAAUAGACAAAUACACUAGGGUGUGUAAAUGUUACUAAGUGUUUGUUGCCAACAUUUUUUUUUCAACUUGAGAGUUUUCUCUGGGAGAACAAAUACAAAACUGCAUUUCUGCUUUAGUUUCCAUAAUCACUUCUAAAUCAAGUAAAUCCAGACUGUGUUACUCACCCAUGAAACUGGCUACAUCCAUAUACCAUAGAGCCCCUCUUAUAAAAACAAAGAACAUCUCAACAGAUAUCAGCCAUUGUCAGAUGUGGAUGCCUUUACUUUAUAACUUAUUUAGUGGAUGCCUUUACUUUAUAACAUUUAUUUUUCCUCUGUGUCUGUUUCUGUCUGUCUUUCUCUCUCUAUCUAAUGAGGUGACAAUCAACCACCACCCUAAUAUGAUGCCAAGAAUAUUAACCACAUCUAAUGCUUACAAUGAAUUAAUUUAAAGUUAUAAAAGUGGAAACUUUUUAUUUUGUUGACAUGAGCCAUUAAAAUAAACUCUGCAGGUGUUGGUGAGAUGAAUAGGUUUUGAUUUUUUGCACAUCUUGAUGCUGUUUGUGCAAUAUGAAGAGGCAGGCUGAUGUUUGUUGUUUCCCAAAAUCAAGAUGAUUUAUCCACAAGUAUUUACUGUGUCUUUGAUGUUAUGAAACCUGUCAUUUUUUAUAGAGUUGUAUUAAAAGAGUAUGUUCUUUCAAUUUAGGAAAUCUCCCUCCCACCUGAUUGUGCUGAAUCAUCCUAAGCAAUAUGUAUUUUUGAAGUGUCACCUGGUAAAAUUAAUGACUUGUGUAACUGUGCAUCAAUUGCAAUAAUGUAAAUUAUAAUGUGCUAAAAAUGUGGAUACUGUAUUCUAUAUGAACCUAUAAAUAGUACUGUUUUUUU